UAAACAACUUCAGAUCAUUCUUUACCGUUUAUUGUAUAUAUGGAGUAUGUAUGGCAUGAUUUGAUCGUAGGUGUACAGCCUUUUUCGUGAUCAGAGUACAGAAGGAUCUGCAUACAGAUAUCAUCCGUAUGAUAGAAAGGACAAUUGAAAACGUAAUAAAAUUUAAUAUAUUAAGAAAUUCGGAAAGGAAGAAAAUAUUUAUUUUAUAAAAAUAAAGUUGAUCUUUGAAAUCAGUGAAAGAUGCAGGAAUCUCAACCGAAAAAAGGGAAAAAGGCAAGAAGAAAGCGUAAUGAUAGUGACGAGGACAUUGAGAAGGUUCUGGCAGAAUUAGAAUUGGAAUAUUCCGGUCAGAAAGCAUCUGUCAAAGAGGUUAAAGAUAUAAAGGAAAUAAAAGAAAUUAAAGAUGAUAAGGAAGUUAAAGAUGAUUCGGAACAGAAAAUGGAUGAAGAUAAAAAGAAGAAAGCAAAGAAAGAUAAGAAAAAGGAUAAAGGUGAAAAUAAGGAUAUAAAGGAAGAAUCAAAAAAUGAUAUUAAUAAUGAAGCGGCCAUUGAUGAUGCAAUUGUUACCGGCGAUGACGAUAUGGAAGGUGGUACUGUAAAAACUGCAGCCCAAAAGAAAAAAGAAAAGAAAGAACGAGAGAAGCAAAAGAAGUUGGCCUUAAAAAAAGCAGAGGCUAUUAAGAAAGCCGAAGGCGGAGAGAUAACGAAAAAGCCUGAAAGUAAUGAAAAAUUAAAUGAAAAAAAUGUGGAAGAGAAGGUAUCUAAUGUUGCAGAAGCUGAAGGAGAUAUGGGUGAAGCUGAGGAUGGAAAGAAAAAGAAGAAGAAGGGUGCUAAAGAGGAUGCUAAAGAAAAAGCUAAAGGGCCCGGUAAGAAGACUAUUGCUGCUAUGCAAGAGGCUUUAAGAAAAUUAAAGGAGGAAGAGGAACGAUUAAAACGAGAGGAGGAAGAAAGGAUAAGACAAGAAGAAUUACGUGAGAAAGCUAGGUUAGAACAACUUCAAUUGGAACAGGAACGAAAGGAAAGGAAAAAAUUAAAGGAAAAGCAAAGGAAAGAAAGAUUGAAAGCCGAAGGAAAGCUUUUAACAACGAAACAAAAACAGGACAGAGCUAGAGCGCAAGCUAUGAUUGAUGCUCUUAAAGCUCAAGGUUUAGAUUUACCUGAUGUGGGAGAUAAAAAGCCUAGAGCAGGUACAAGAAUAAGACAGAAUAAAAUAAAGCAACAAGUUAGCGUGGAAGAGAAAGAUGAUAAAAAAUUAGAAGAUACAGAAACUGAUACGGAUCGUGUUCAAGUUGAAAUAGUUGAUCAAACGCCAAAGGAUGUUAGUGAGAAAAAGGAAGAGGAAGUAAAAGAUUCUUGGGAUGCUGAAAGUAGCGGCGAUGAACAAGAAGAAGAAGACAAAUCCGAUGAAGCAUCGAAAACGCCUGAGGAAAGUAAGGAAAUGAUUUUACCCGAUCAAGAGAAGUCACAUUUGGAAGUAGAUUUAGAUAAGAAAGAAACGUCAGAAAGUGAAUCCGAAAGUGAAAGCGAAAGUGAAUCAGAAUCUGAAGAUGAGAGCGAGGAAGAUAGUGGAUUGGAAGAUAAGGUACCGGAUGCGGCACGUAAGAAGGAACGUGCGCAAGAACGUAUACAAAAUCGUCGAAUCGAAGCGGAAAAAAAGAAAUCGUUAGAUAAUUUGAGAGCAGCUGUUGUUUGUGUAUUGGGUCAUGUAGAUACCGGAAAAACAAAGAUCCUAGAUAAAUUAAGGAGAACCAAUGUGCAAGAUGGCGAGGCAGGUGGUAUUACGCAACAAAUUGGUGCUACCAAUGUGCCCAUUGAUGCGAUACAAGAAUCAACGAAACAUGUAAAGGGUUUCGCUGAUAAAAUAUUUAAGAUACCGGGACUAUUGAUAAUAGAUACCCCCGGUCACGAAUCCUUCAGUAAUCUCAGAAGUCGAGGAUCUUCUCUUUGCGAUAUAGCAAUUUUAGUAGUUGAUAUUAUGCAUGGUUUGGAACCACAAACGAUCGAAAGUAUAAAUCUAUUGAAAGCUAAGAAAUGUCCAUUUGUUGUUGCCCUUAAUAAGAUCGACAGGUUGUAUGACUGGCAAACGAUGAAUCGAAAGGAUGUUCAAGAUAUUAUUAAAAGUCAGGCCAUUAAUACGCAACGAGAAUUUGAGAAACGUUCGAAAGAUGUUAUAGUGCAAUUUGCCGAGCAGGGCCUAAACGCGGCGUUGUUUUAUGAAAAUCCAGAUCCACGUAGUUACGUGUCCUUAGUUCCUACGAGUGCCAUAACAGGUGAGGGCAUGGGAAACUUGCUAGCAUUAAUAGUCGAUGCUUCCCAGGGCCCGUUAGCUAAGAGACUUAUGUACAGCGAAGAGCUUCAAGCUACUGUACUAGAGGUUAAAGCAUUACCUGGCUUAGGAACUACGAUAGAUUGUAUUCUAGUCAAUGGUAUGUUGAAGGAAGGUGAUACAAUGAUAGUCGCGGGAACAGAUGGACCUAUAGUUACACAAAUUCGUUCACUUCUUAUGCCGCAACCGUUAAAAGAAUUAAGAGUAAAGAAUGCAUAUAUCGAGCAUCGCGAAGUUAUGGCUGCACAAGGUGUCAAGAUCGCUGCGAAGGAUUUAGAAAAAGCUAUCGCAGGAUUGAAUCUUCAAGUCGCACAAAAACCAGACGAGGUCGAUGUCCUUAAAGAAGAAAUAUCUAAGGAACUCAGCAGUGCUCUUGGAAAUAUAAGACUUGCCGAAAGGGGUGUAUACGUCCAAGCGUCAACAUUGGGUGCCCUAGAAGCAUUGUUAGAUUUCCUUAGGAGCAGCAAAAUUCCGUAUUCUGGUAUACGAAUUGGACCGGUCGUGAAGAAGGACGUGAUGAAGGCCUCGAUUAUGCUUGAACACGACAGUCAAUAUGCCACAAUUCUGGCUUUUGAUGUAAAGAUAGAGAGGGACGCACAAGAACUCGCCGACUCGUUGGGGGUCAAGAUCUUCCAAGCCGACAUCAUCUACCACCUGUUCGACAAGUUCACAUCCUACAGGGAGGAACUUAAACAACGCAAGCGAGACGAGAAUAAACACAUUGCCGUUUUUCCUUGCAAACUACGUGUCUUACCGCAGUAUAUCUUCAAUUCAAGAGAUCCUAUAGUGAUGGGCGUUAUGGUCGAAGCCGGUAUCGUUAAGGAAGGAACGCCGCUCUGCGUGCCAAGCAAAGAUGUGAGUAAUUCGAUUUUGUUUGUUUUUUUUUCUCUCUCUUUUUUUCUUUUUUUUUUUUUUUUUUUUUUUUAUUCCAUUUGUUUCCUCCUAACUUUAAUGAUUUUCGUUAAGUGCCGAGACAACUCUUAAAUAUUUCCUAUCUUC